AGUUAAACAUUUUUUGUUGAUAUUAUUAUUAAGAUAAUGCUGAGCACCAAUUAAUUGGAGGGUAUGCCUGUGAAAAAACAAUCAUUCAGUGGCAAAAUUUGGCCAAUGUCAGCUUAAAGACAAAAUCUUCAUUUUGAGAUUCUUAUUAUUCUAUAUAAACACUGCAUUGCAAAUUUGCAAUCACAACUACAACUUAGCACUCUACUCCGUGCGUGUAAAUAUGAAGUCUUUAUUAGAAUUGAUCACAUGUUAUGGUUCUUCAUCCACUGAGUCGGAAUCGCGACAGCCAGCUGAGGAAUUCAGAUCGCUGGUGGCAACGCGAGAUCGCCGCUGCGUUGGACGUAAGCGGGGGAAGGUGAUGGGUACGAGUGAUUGGAGUCCAUCUUUGUCGUCAAUUUCUGAAAACAAUAAAUUAGGUGAGACGAAUAAUCAACCGCGGCCACCAAUCGUAAGGUUUAAUAGAAACCUCAUGAGGAAAGUUGGAUCCAUAGCAAACAAAGAUCAGGACCCUUCUUCACAUCACGAUGAUACCAGGCGAGCUUCAAUUUCAACAACCAUGCCUGCAUUGUCUCCAACAGCUUUCCUCUUUUGAUUGUUCCUUCUUUGGUUUUUCACCCAGUUCCAAGUAAAUUUUGUACAUGUUGUGUAUGUGUAUAUAUUUUGACGUUAAGUAGAAUAUGAAUUAGCAAAUAAUCUUUUAUUUAAUAAACAUUUAAAUUUUUAAAUGAAGUGCUUCAAUAAAGCUGGAUUGAGUUUCAUUACAAUAUAUGGAAAUUAUUGGGGUGGAUUGAGUUUCA